CCGGGGGUAGGAGGCUGGAGCAAAAAGUGACUUGCGCCCUCGUCACUUCGCUGCCGAAUCCGCUGGGCAGCCCGCCCGAUCCGGCCCGCCACCACCUCGGCCAUGGAAACCGCCGGCAACCCUGAGGCUGCGGGGACAGGUGACCGACCCGCAGAGCCCUCCGCCUUGCACGCCUCUCUCGCGGGUCUCUCUAUCCAGAGAGCUGAGCUGGGCGACCGAGGCCCAUCGGCACGCGAAUUCGACCUAGCCACCUCCUUAGAGAGGGGGUGGGAAUCGCCAAACUUCUCCCUUCUUUUUGACUUCACCCUUGGAUACCAUCAAGGCCAGAGGAUGGAACCAAGAUAACAUAAAAUAGAAUGUAUGCUACAAGAAGGCAAGAACCUUGCUUGCUUUAUUCAUUGUUAUAUCCCUAGCUCCUGUUACAGUGCCUGGCAAAAAAGCAAGUACAUUGCCUCAACACAGCGACCUGACGGGACCUGGCGCAAGCAGCGGAGGGUGAAAGAAGGCUAUGUGCCCCAGGAGGAGAUUCCAGUGUAUGAAAACAAGUAUGUGAAGUUUUUCAAGAGUAAACCAGAACUUCCCCCUGGGCUGAGCCCCGAGGCCACUGCUCCUGUCACGCCGUCCAGGUCUGAAGGUGGUGAACCAGGUCUCUCCAAGACAGCCAAACGCAACCUGAAGCGAAAGGAGAAGAGGCGGCAGCAACAGGAGAAAGGAGAGGCAGAGGCCUUGAGCAGGACUCUUGAUAAGGUGUCCCUGGGAGAGACAGCCCAACUCCCCAGUGUUCCACAGGGCUCCCGGGCAGCCCCAACAACUGCUUUUGACCAGCCUGACUCAGCUGCCGCCACUGAGAAAGCCAAGAAGAUAAAGAACCUAAAGAAGAAGCUUCGGCAGGUGGAAGAGCUGCAGCAGCGGAUCCAGGCUGGGGAAGUCAGCCAGCCCAGCAAAGAGCAGCUGGAGAAGCUAGCAAGGAGAAGGGCGCUGGAGGAGGAACUAGAGGACUUGGAGCUAGGCCUGUGAGGCCUUUGGGGAAUAGGGAAUGGACUGCAGAACAAACCAUGGGGCUCCCUGGGGUCCGGGGGAAUGUGGGCAGUAGCAAUCAGGAGGGGUACCACCCGUACUGGCUCACUUCCACCUCUUGCGGCCCAACUCUGUCCUCCAGAGCUUAGACUCUCUCUCAUUCCUUCCCUUUUCUUUCCAACUCCUAUUUUUUGGACUUUCCCUAUUCCAUUCCCAGUGUUCAAAAUCUCAGUGACUACCCCAGGUACCUUUGCUGCUGAUUUGGGUGUCUCGUUUAAAAGAAAAUUGGGUGGGUGGGAAUCUCAGAGAACUGAGGUUGAGGGUGGAGGGAGUGUGCCCAAGUCUUGGAGUCUUGGUUCCUGGUCACAGUGUUUAUGGGUUAUUUCGCCCUCCAUCCCUUACCUCUUUUUUUUUUUUUUUUUUUUUUUUUAAAGAACAAGAAUAAACUCAAGUAGGAAACAUG